AUGAAGAAAAUCGCAUCUCACGAACCAAAUAUUGAAGAUGCAAACCAAGAUGAACUUAAAUAUUCAGAUAAAGGUGCCGUAAAAAGGAAAAGGAUGAAAAGAGAGCACCAACGAUCAUAUUCCGGCUCUAACGACCAUGAACAAUUUUUCAGGCCAGUUUCAGUCGCAUACUCGACUAACCAACAGUUUUUUGGACUACCAUUUCAACCACAACCUUACUAUAACUACCAGCCUGGUUUUGGACAGCAGAGGUCAUUUUCAGAUACCUCAGCCGCCAGUUACAGCAAAUAUAAUAAUAGUUAUAGCGGAGAGAGUUAUGUUAACAAGCUUACUCCAGAACAAGUGGAGCACCAGGACCUUUUAGCCCAACAACUGAACGAGUUGAAGGGAAGUGAUGUGUUCAACUUUAACGAGUUCGAAUAUCUGACCUCAAAACAGAAGAAAAAGAAAAAAAUAUUAAUAAACAAGGAACACAUAUUUAUAAAGGGGUUAAAUUACAUUGAAAACUACUUUAGCCAAAACCGAGAAUCGCUUCUGCGCAAGGAUAUUUCAGAACUGAGGAAGCUGGGGCUGGAAAAUGUGCAAGUGGACCCAGUGUUCUUUAUUGAGUUGGGAGGGAAGUAUGAACAAUUCAAGGAUGAAAUCAAGGAUAUAAACAAGUCAAUAAACUUGUUGCAGUCCAAAUUAAACGAACUGCACUCUGAAAUGGGUAAAACCAUACCAAAUAAAAUUAACGAGCCUUCACCCUUUAGCUGCUCAUCCUUAUCGCCAACCUCAAGUAGGGAUAAAGAUAAACAUAGUUUAAAGUUUGAGGAGAUAUUGGAGGAGAUGAAAGACUUCCAGGAUCUUGUAAAUGACGAGCACAAGGAGAAGAGGAAGAUAUAUAAGAAUCUCGUAACUAGCACAAGCAAGUAUAUGAUAAAGAUGGAGCAGGACCUCGAGAAGAACAAAACAGAAAGAAACAAGCAAGUGUUGCUACUAUAUCGCAAUCUCAGCAACUCAAUUGAUUUGUUCUGGAAAAAAAUCGAGAAGUUUGCGUGGGAACAUUUGAAGAGGGAUUUACAGCAAGAACUUAUAAAGAAGAAGAAGCAAAACCUCGACAAGUUCAUACAAGAUGCAAUUAAGGUUUCAAUUAGUGACCAGGACAGAUAUAUACUUGACAAAAAGAUUAAAACUGGCUCAACCCAUAACCAUACCACACAAAAUUUUAAUCAAGUGGAUAACCAAAAUCGCACACCAACGCCAAAAAAUAAAACCCAACAACAAGAUAAGGUUGAAUCUUCCAAGGUUGGUGCGUCUCAAGACGAGGACCAGGUUGAGGAUGAGUAUGUAGUUAAUAAGGACGAGGAACGUAUGGAGCUGGAUGAUUUGAAGUUGGAAGAUGAGAUGGACUCUGAUAAGGAAGAGAAUGAAUUGAAUGACUUACAAAAAGAAGCUGAAAUGCCAUUGGAAGAACUUCUUAAGAUGUACCAAAAUCAACCUGACUAUAGGCAAUCUGAAGAAGCUGAUGAUGAUGAAAUUGAAGAAGUCACUGACUCAGAUGAACCUGACCAUGUAUCUGAUAUUUCUAUGCCCGAUGAAUCUCCACCCCCCAAUGCUGAUAAAUCUGACGUUUCAAGGGUUGAUAAUGUUGAUUCUUCCAAGGUUGGUGCGUCUCAAGACGAGGACCAGGUUGAGGAUGAGUAUGUAGUUAAUAAGGACGAGGAACGUAUGGAGCUGGAUGAUUUGAAGUUGGAAGAUGAGAUGGACUCUGAUAAGGAAGAGAAUGAAUUGAAUGACUUACAAAAAGAAGCUGAAAUGCCAUUGGAAGAACUUCUUAAGAUGUACCAAAAUCAAGCAGAUGAAGUUGAUUAUGACCCAGUACCAAAAAAGAGCCAUAAAUAUACAAAUGAUUACAUCGGCACUGAUGGGACCAGAGAAGAUACUAAAGCCGAUAAAACUCAAAGGGAGGAACCAUCUUCCAAAAGUAGGAUGGAGACCGUAACACCUUCUGAAAAAAUUGGAACAGAGGAACAAAAAGAUUGGGAAAAUCAUGUAGAUGAAGAGGAAGAUGGCGUAGAUAUCGAAGUACCAUUUCUAAUAAAAGGAGUUUUAAGACCAUAUCAAAAGGAAGGUUUGAGAUGGUUAGUAUCGCUCUAUGAACGGAACAUUAACGGAAUACUGGCAGAUGAAAUGGGACUGGGGAAAACGCUACAGACGAUCUGUUUGUUGGCGUAUUUGGCAUGCAACAAGGGGAAUUGGGGUCCACAUAUAAUUGUUGUACCAACGAGCAUACUGCUGAACUGGGUGAUGGAGUUUAACAAGUUUUGCCCAGGUUUCAAAAUUCUAGCAUAUUAUGGAACACCGGCAGAAAGAUCGAAAAAGAGAACAGGGUGGAAUAAACCACACUCCUUCAAUGUAUUAAUCACCUCGUACAGUAUUGUGGUCCAGGAUUCGUAUGUAUUAAAGAGGAGAGCAUGGGAAUAUAUGAUACUUGACGAGGCCCAAAACAUUAAAAACUUCACUUCAAAGCGUUGGCAAACGUUAUUGACAUUUAAUACAAAAUAUAGACUAUUAUUGACAGGAACACCGCUGCAAAACUCACUGCAGGAAUUGUGGUCUUUGAUGCAUUUCAUACUCCCAAAUAUAUUCACAUCCCAUACACAAUUUAAUAUUUGGUUCACAGAUCCACUUAACCAGGCCUUGGAUAACAUGUACAGCAAUAACCCGCUUUUUACAGACACGGAACUUGACAAGAAGAACAAGGAAAGAGAAGAAAUGAACAAAAAUAACAUGGAACUUGUUGAAAAACUCCAUGCAAUAUUCAGACCGUACCUCUUGAGAAGAUUGAAAAAGGAUGUGGAGAAGCAAAUGCCCUCAAAAUACGAACAUGUGCUCAAGUGUACACUGACCAAACGACAGCAAGUUCUUUAUGACGAGUACAUUCACCUAUACAACUUUUCUUCAAAUAAGGAAGGCAGUAAAGAUGAGAGGCUGAGUUACAGAAGUAUGCUCAACAUUCUGAUACAGCUGAGGAAAAUAUGUAAUCAUCCAGACCAGCUCAAGUCACGCGAUGUUCAAAUCCCAAUAGAAUUUAAUAUUAAUACACUCCAGCUGCCCUACCUCUUUCAAAUCAGUGAUGCCCUGAAACAUAAUUUCGAUAAUCGCAACCGUACCAGUAAGGUUAAUAAUGGUAACAAGGCUUCCUCAGAAGUGGGUUCUAAAAGACAAAGGACAGAAAGACUGAUAGUUGAUAAGUCAUUUAAGAAGAGAAAACUGGCUCUGAAUUCUGAACUUAGUUACCUUGCCCUAGAUAAGUUAUUGUCUAGUAGAGUUGAGAAUAACAAUAGGCAUGCUCUGAAUCAAAAUUUGGUAACUGAUGUAAAUUCUGAGAAAGCCAAACCCUAUAACCACUAUAACGGAUAUGGUCUAAAUAGUGAAAAGUUGAAGGCUGAACCACCUAAGAAUCCUGAAGCGCCGAAGAGAAUUAUGAUAAAUGAGUUGUCAAGAGAACAGUUAUUGCAGGGGCAAAAGAUAAAUCUAGGACCAAUGAAGGAUAAGUUCACACCAAGAAAAUUCUCACCGAGUAAAAGACCGCUUGAUGAACUCACUAAUAAGUUUUUGAGUGAAAAGCUGUUGAAUAGAGAAGAUAGCAUAUUUAACUUCAACUUGAGGAACAAACUGGAGAUAAAUAGGAUAAUAGAGUCGUAUCUGAUACUGAUUUUAAAUUUUUUGGUAAUAUCGGUCAAGGUAGUUAGCAGGCCAGUGAAAUUAUAUUUUUCCGGUACCCAAGGAAUUAACUACAAUAAUAAAAACGACUGGUACAUGAACGAAGUUAAAACUAAGCUCCUGAAAAGAGAUGACAAGGAUUACUAUAAGAAGAAUAGAGUCACAGUUGAGGCAGUUAACUCUAAUUAUAAACUACUUUUCCCCUCUAAACGUUCAAUCAAUGACGAUUGUGGGAAAUUCAAGGUACUGGGGCCUUUACUCCUGAAAUUGAAAUCUGAAGAACAUAGGUGCAUUAUUUACACUCAGUUCUCAAAAAUGCUAGAUAUUCUGGAAAACUGGAUCAACUUCAUGGGCUUCACAUACAUCAGGCUAGAUGGUUCAACGAAGAUUGAUAUGAGGCAGAAGAUAAUAAACAGGUUCAAUGAAAACACUAAGAUUUUCCUUUUCAUUAGCUCCACAAGAACGGGUGGAGUUGGGAUUACACUGACAGGAGCCGACACUGUUAUCUUCUACGAUACUGACUGGAAUCCAGCUAUAGACCGCCAAGCUAUGGAUAGGUGUCACAGAAUUGGUCAAACCAAGGACGUGAAUGUGUACAGAUUAAUUACUGAACAUACAGUUGAGGAGAACAUAUGGAGAAAGCAGUUGCAAAAGAGAAAAUUGGAUGACUUGAUUGUGGAUCAAGGACAAUUCGACAUUCAGCACAACAACUGGUUUUCAAACCUGGACACCUUGAUAAACAUAUUCCAGAACAAGAGAGAUGAGGGAGAUGAAGAGGAUAUUUACGGGAAGAAGAUACUCCAUGAAAGUAACGUGGAUGAGACACAAUUUCAGACAAAAGGUGUCCAGAACAUCAAGAUGCUCAUUGAAGUUGAGGAUGCAGACGAUUCAAUGGCCUUGAAAAAACUCAAGAAGGAGAAUGAAAAUAUAAAUAAACAGGAUUUCGAAUCGGAUAUUAUAAACAGCAUCCCUGGACUGGUCAGUUACUGCAUUCAAUUCUUACUCAAAUACCAAACUGUGGCUUUGGAAAGGCAAGUUGAGAACAUGAAGUUGAAGAUACAAAUCGAGGACUAUCAGAAUCAGCAAAACAAUGAACAGGAGGAAGAUGAAGAAGAUAUAUACACAGACUACACAAGUUCUGAAAACGAAGAACUAUCUCAAGAGGAUGAACUGUCAGAAGAUUCACAGUAAUCG